CAACUGUCAAGCAGACCAUUUUCCAUUUUAGUUAUGUCAGAAAGGAAUUAUUUUUUGUUUUUUGAAUAACAAGAGGUUUCAGGUUAACCGAACGGGCAACGAAAUUGCGUCGGGAAAUGUCCGAGACAGCUUCCAAAAAGAUUGAUAACCUACUUCAACGUAUUAAAAACGAAACGACCCCACCGAGUCCCGUACCCAUGAACCGUGCAGGUUCUGGGGGCCGAAAGGCAUUACCAUUAAAUUUGAGCAACACAAGUAGUCCGGUUAUGGCUAGACCACGAAACCUAUCUUUCACCACUAGACAGAAUGAUAAUCAAGAAACGGAGAGAAAACUUAGAGAGAUUAUGCGAAUUAGCGGCGAUUUAACUAUAGAAGGCGUCCUUUUCAAAACUGACAUAAAAGAUAUGGAGCACAUAGAAGAACUGGGAAAUGGCACUUGCGGACAUGUAGUUAAAAUGAGGCACAAACCUAGUGGAAGUAUUAUAGCUGUUAAGCAAAUGAGACGCUCAGGAAAUAGUGACGAAAACAAAAGAAUUAUAAUGGAUAUAGAAGUAGUUUUGAAAUCACACGACUGUAAAUACAUAGUACAAUGUUUAGGUUGUUUUAUAACGGAUUCGGAAGUUUGGAUAUGCAUGGAACUUAUGGAUACUUGCUUCGAUAAAUUACUCAAGCGGUAUAAGCAAUCUAUUCCCGAGGAAGUGUUGGGGAAAGUUACAGUUGCUACCGUUGAAGCUUUAUCGUACCUUAAAGAUAAACAUGAUGUAAUGCAUAGAGACGUCAAACCUUCAAAUAUUUUAUUAGACACAAAGGGCAAUGUGAAAUUAUGUGAUUUUGGCAUUAGUGGACGAUUAGUGGAUUCUAUGGCUAAAACGAGGAGCGCCGGCUGUGCUGCAUAUAUGGCUCCUGAACGGAUCGAGCCUCCGGAUCCCGAAAAUCCCGAUUACGAUAUUCGAGCCGAUGUGUGGUCGCUCGGGAUAACACUGGUGGAAAUGGCCACGGGCGUGUUCCCAUAUCAAGACUGUAAGACUGAUUUCGAGGUGUUGGCCAAAGUCAUAGGACAAGAACCUCCGAGUCUGCCGACUGAUAGAGAAUUUUCACCUGAAUUUAGAGAAUUCGUAUCACUUUGUUUAAUAAAAGACCCUAAACAGCGGCCAAAAUACACGAACUUAAAAGAUCACGAUUUCAUUAAAAAGUACGAAGCUAUAAAUAAUGUCAAUGUAGGAGAGUGGUAUGUAAAAUUGAUCAAACGUUCAGAGGAAAUGACAAAUCGAUCAGCGCCUAGACAAAAUUCAGCGGCGAACACGAUCCGCCAGUUUUUCUCCUCCCGUCAAGCCCUACAACCGCAGCAAUCCCUCACCGCCGCCCUACAAUCGUUAACCAACGGCAAAACGUCCGCGAAACCAACCGCUGAAGCCCUAUCACCGCCGCCGGCCACCAAAGCGCCCCACGUCUCACGGUUCAGCUGCUUCCAGCGGGCCAAUCAGUCCCCGGAGGCCUCCAAUCCGGCGACCAGGAGCUAUUCGCCCUAUUCGGCUUACCAAAACCACGUGGCCAUGCUGAAGGAGCAACUCGAAAACAAAAUAACGCAGCAGCUGCAAAGCAACGCCGGUUCGUCUUACACGCCCGUUCCGAGCCGAAGGCCUUUGGACGGUUCGCCGACGCCGACGGCGACGCCGUACCAACACCGUCGCGUCGCCAGUGAGACGAGAUGGCGCUCGCCGAGCGCCUCGCCUUUACCGCUUCGCACGCAGUUCCAGGUCGAAGAGAACCAGUACAAUUGCGGCAACACCAGCCCCAUUAUCCUCCAACGGUUCUAUCACCAGCAGAAACAGCAACAGAUGGUCAAGGAGGCAGAAGAAUCCGGUAAAAAAAGAUUCGCUUCCUACAUAAAAAUGCAACUGAGCGGCGACAGAAGCGGUAGAUCGUCGAGACACCAAAGCCCCGAACCGCCGCCUCGGCUCAACCGGCAUCCCAGUGGCGAAAACCAAAGUCCUCUAGCCUUACGUAGGAAUUUUUUAGAAAAUCACCCGUGCAAUUCGCCUAGUCUAUGUCGAAGGUAUAUAUCGCCCACGCCUCCAGUGCCUCCUCCCCGGAGACUCUCGGAGAGCUCGUCCGUGCCCGGUUCGCCGCAACAUUUGAGAGCUCGAUUUCACUAUACUCCGGAACCUCAGAGGCGGCUCUUUCAGAACGACGACGUGUCAUAACGUAGGGCUCUGUCGCCUCCUGAAAGAGAGGCCUCUAAGUAGGAAAAGAGUAUAUUUUUUAUUUGUUUUCUAAGUUUACAAUUUGUUGCGCUAAUUGAUGAUGCGAAGGAGGAGAAUGCAUUUUUUUGCGCUAGUAGAUUGCGCGCAUCGUAAAUAGAGAUCCUUUCUUUCCUAUUUUCUAUGUACAGGGUGAUCUGAUGGUACGAUUGUUAAAGUAAUUUGGUAACUUGAAAACUAUUAUAAAUUUGCUUUAUAAAGAUUUUGUAUUAUCCUUAGAUCACACUGUAGAUUCGAAGCAUUUUAGAGAACAUCGGUUAAUGUUUUGUUGAAUUAUUGUAUGCAGUUGUGUUUUCUUUCUUAGAAGAAAUGCGUAAAAUUGCGAUUUUUGUAAUAGCGGAAUAUUUGUUUAAAUUGUAGAGUUCAUUUCUUAAAUGUGCCUUGUUCUAAAUUUGUGUAUGUGUAAUGCGAGUACUCGCGUUAUUUACAUAUUAUAACUUUUCUAUGGUGGUAUAGUUAAAUUCGUCUUCAACAUUUUAUAAUAUACAAUCAUUUAAAUGACUUUCUAGAUGUGUAUAGGUGAAAAUUGUUGAUUUGUGGUUAUCUUUAGAAAACAUACAAUUAAUAACAUAUCUGUGACACGUUUUAAAAGUUGUUCAGAUAGAUCAUUUUGAUUAUAUAAAAAAUGCUUUUGCAUUUGUCCCAAUAUCUCAUUGAAAUUAUCGCAGUAUGAACCGAGUCUUUGAAAAACAAUUGUAUAUGAAGAUAUUUUCUUGAAUUUUUGAACUCUGCUUGAGUAAUAUUACAUUUAUUGCAACUUAAUGAGAUGUUUAAGGAUCGGCUUGAUAGAUUUUUAGUAAAUAUACGACUGAAAUAUUCCGUUUGGCAUGUCAUUAAGCUCGAGUAAGAUCGGAGGUGUUUUUGUAAAACAUAUUUGUCAUACACAGGGCGUACUAAAACUUUAUGUAAAAAAUUGAAAAGUGGGUUUAGAAAUAUUCACUAGAAAUUUUUUACAGAGAUGAAAUGAAAUUAUUGUUCUAAAUGUUUUUUUUUUGUAUAGAAAUUGUUGAAAUAGGCGAAAAUUAAUUCAGGCUUUAUUUUUAAUCAAGAUUUACCUCUGUGACUUUGAUUAUGCGAUUUUUCUUUAUAGUUUGUCGUAGAAUUGAUCCACGAGUUUCUCGAAAAUUGGUUUCGUAUAAUACAAUUUUUCAUGUAACGUUAAUAAUAAGAAGGAAAGAGAGAGGGAUCGAAUUUAACGGGAUAGCUGUUUUCCAAACAUUCUUCUAGCUAGGCGAAUAAUUAAAUAUUUUAUUUUUUGCACUGCCGACAAACAAAACAUUGUAGGUGAAAGGUGCUGGCAGUACUGUUAAGUAUUUUUGUUGUUUUAUUCAUUUUUUUUAACUUCAUUGUGAAGAGUUUUUAGUCAUCUUACAUUGCUAGUCUUACAUAACGUCACCGGACGUGAUUGCUUUAUUAUUAUUUUUAUUAUUAUUUUAUUGAGUGUACCUUGCUCGACCAAAACAUUCGAUUUUAUUAUAAUUAUAUCAAAAACGUUUAAUCGAAUCCACCGUUCUAAAUAAACUGUAAACGUAGACUUAAAUGUAGCUACUUAAAUGUUGAGCAAAGGGCGUUUUAAUUUUAAUUUUCUUAGAUUUUAGAAUUUUUAAACGUUAUUGAACUGAUAUUUAUUAUAAAAAACUCGAUUUUGUUCCUCUUUGAACAGUUGUGAAUAAUUUUUGUCUAAAAGUGUAGAGUGAUCAAAAUAUUGUUUUCUGCUACGUUACUUUUAAUUAUUUCGGUAAUAUUUUUAUAGAUGUGAGGAAUAUAAACUCGGUCUAAUUUGUAAAAGCUAUAUUUUUAAUUCAGAAAUAUUAUGUCGAGAGCUUCAUAGGUAAAGGGCAAUAUUUUACCAGUCAUUCAUGGAAAUUUCCUGCAAGGGACUGUUCAAUUGUGGGUAAAUUUAGAACCUCCCAGGUAAUAUCUAUUAAUGCUUAAAAUAUUGGCCUUUACAUAAGAAACACCCUGUAGAAUAACAUUAAAUUGUAACAAAUCGCAAUUCAACGAUAGGCUUCAUUUAUCUUAUUUUUCUAUAUAUUUACAUAACAUUUUAGCAAUUAGUACAAAUAGAUUUACAAUUUACAAAGUGGAACGAGUUUUAUAUAUUAUUAAGUUAUUCUAUAAAGGCUGUUGAGAUUUUUUCCUUUAUAUUUCAAGCAAAAGUAUGAGAAUAUUAUUUGAGUGGAUACUGUUUUCAAGUGUAUAUAACAAUUAGUAAUGCAAUGCCAUACCUGAUAUUAUGUAUAGUUUGACUUAAAUUAUGUAAAUAUACCUGAUUCGUAUAUAA